AUGAAAUACAAAAAAAUCGAUCCACCUUUAUUUACUUUUUUCUUCGACCAUACCUCUCAAAAUGUGAGAGAUAAGAUUAUAGUCAUUCUUGCUAAAGAAGAAGAUAAACAGAAACAAAUAAAGAAUAAUAAUAACAAAUAUAAAUCAAAAGACAAACAACUCUUUAAAGAGUAUACUAUAUCAAAACCAGAUAAAGUAGUAUCAUGGUUACUCUUUUUAAUGGUAAAGGGUACUUACCCAACUAUUAAAGAGAAAGCAAUACAAUUAUUUGAUAGAUUAUUGAUUAAAAAAGGAAAAGAGUUGAUAGAAUCAAUGUCAAAAGAGAUUGUGAAUGCAGUCAAAGCAGAAACAAUCGAGUUGUUAAAGACAAAUCAUACAGAUAGUUAUAGACAACAUUUGUUUAGUGGUUGGGAUGAAUUAGAACCAAAAUUUUGGAUGGAAAGAAUAGCUCAACAAAUCAUUGACACGAUUAUCAAGGUGUUGGACAAUAGAAAUCGUCCAAAGGAGGGUUUGACAGAUAGAAUCACUAAAACCAACAUGAUAAAAUAUUUGUUGGUGAUGGCCGAGAUGAAUCCCGACGAGUUUACCGAUACCCACAUUGAAAUAUUAGUCACCCAUUUGUAUGAGUGGCUAGCUCAAGUAAAGGAUAUAUCAUUUGAAGAAUGGACUCGUCGAAAAGAUUCUAUCAAGACUUGGAAUGAUCAAGAAUACCCCAAAGAUGAUCAAGAUGAUGCGGCUGUUGAAAGUUUUGAGGAUUUCUAUCAUCUCAAUGAACGCAGAAUGGUCCCUACUUUAAAACAAUUCAACAUUUUUUUAAACUCUCAGCAAUGGAAACAAAGAUAUGCAGCUAUUAUGAGCUUACAUCGAUAUAGUGGCUUUUAUAAAGAUGAAAAUUUUCCAACUAUUAUAAAUAUUAAAUUAGUAGAUGAUGAAAAUAUCAAGGUUAGAUGGGCAAUAUUACAAUUUUUAAUUGGAUUAACAAAGGAAUUUACAAAAUUUACAAUUUCGUUUAGAAAAGAAAUAUUCCAAUUCAUUAUCAAAUCAAUUCAUCAUGAUGAUCCAAAUGAACGAAUUCAAAAUUGUUGUUGUAUUUUGCUAGAAUCAAUGAUAGAAUCAAUGUUUUCAUCAGUACUAGAAAUGUUUGGUGAUAAUAAUUUAAAAGGAUUAUUUAAUUCAUUUGUAUUAUUACUUGAGUCACCAAAACUAUUUGUUGUCGAAAGUGCGUUAGAAUCACUUAGGUUGGUUAUAAAUAUUGCCCAGAAAAAAUUUAGACCUGUAAGUAUUCAUAUUGAAGUCAACUGGGUAAAAUUCAUUUAUUUACUAAAUCCAUCUAAGUAUUAUAGAAAUAUUGUUUCAAUUCUAUUUACAUUGUUGGCGAAACAUCAUUCAAAUAAAGAGUCAAGAGAAUUGUGUGGUCUUGCGAUCAAGGCAUUUUCAUAUUGUGGUAUGGCGAUAGACAGGAAGCUGUUAUUUACAAGAGAUUUAUACAAGUUUAUGAUGUUUAUCAAAAAGAAUGAAAAGUCGCUGGAUUCUUUGAUCAUAGAUGCUAUCAGAGAAUGUAGCGAUUUUAUUUAUGUGGUUCGUCAUUCUUUUUCAUUGUAUCUACCAAUGAUCAUUAAGAUGAUUAUAAAUCUACUCGACCAGCACCCAUCAUCAAUACAAAAGUAUGAAAAGAGAAUAGUUGCAACACUUGAUGGUUUGGACAACUUAAUGGUGGACUCGCUUCAAAAUACAAUAUGCAUGACACUUGUCGAGCUGCACUUUGGUGAUCGUAGCGAAGAGAUGUUUACCAAGAUACUAGAGUCUGAAUUCAUUUCAUGUAUACACGAUACCAGUCUACAUGUCAUGAAGAAUCGCAUCGAAAUUGGAGCUUAUCUCAUCCGCGGGAUAGGGGCCGAUACAAUGACAUUUAAUCAAGUCGAGUCAGUGAUGGAUUUAUUUUACAAGCUUGAAACAAAACUAAAAAACAUGUCAGAGGAAUUAAUGCAAGAUGAAGAAGAGGAUCCAGAUGAUAUGCUCCAAACAAUAGCUAUUGUGGAGUCGCGAAUCUGCACCACGGUCGGAGUGAUGAUCGCACACAACGGCUCCAUCGCGACACCUUUCAUCACCUCUGAACUCUUGGAAAAGAUUUGCAAGAAACUACGUAAUAUUGACGUCAAUGAGGAGAAUGCUAAUGAUGGAGAAGAGGGCGAUGAUGAUGAUGAUGAUGACAAUGAUGACGUCAAAGGUUAUACAACAAAGAUGCAACAACCAUCAGAAGAAUUUACAGAGAUAAUAGUUAUUUUAGCAAAUAAAGAUCAUCAACAGAAACAAAAGACUAAACAACUCUUCAAAGAGUAUUCUUUAUCUAAACCUGAAGAAACAGUAGUAUCAUGGUUACUCUAUUUAAUGAUAAACGGUAUUUAUCCAACUUCAAAUUGUUUAUCAAAGAUUAAAGAGAAAUCAGUACAGUUACUUUAUAGAUUAUUAAACAAACAAGAAGAAGGAGAAGAGUAUAUAGAAUAUUUGUCAGAUGAGAUAUUGCUUAUUGUAAAGGUUGAAACAAUCAAGUUACUCAAUACACCCCUCACAGAUACCUAUAGAUAUCAUUUGUUUGGUAUCAUUGAACAUAUUGCAUGUUAUCUAGUACCUAGAUGUAAAUGGAAUGAAUUGGAACCAUCAUUAGAGUCAAUGAUAAAUAGUGUAGAAGAAGAAAGAUCAAUAUCAUCACCAUUACAAGAAAAUACAAGAGCUUUGAUGGUAGUGUUAUCAAAGUAUGACUUUAAAAAGGAGAAAAUGGAAAUGUUAAAAGAGAUGAUCGAUUGUGAUAUUUUUUAUUAUUUGGGAGAUGAACAGUAUCGAUCAUACAUGCCCAUUCUAUUAAAAAUGCUUGUACAAAUCGAUACAUGUGGAGAAUUUAUCAAAAAAGUUGUGAAUAUCCUCGAUGAUUUCACUGUCAAUGAUACUCCGUCUUGGCUAAAGGAAAGCAGUCUUCAACUAGUCUACACAUUGAAAGAGAUAUUGGAUGGAAAUCAGUGUGACAAAAUAACAAAAAAUAAUGUAUUGCAUUUUUUUUUGACCAUUGUCCUUCUCAAUCCAACUGAUCGUCACGUUGAGAUAGUCGUCUCUUAUUUGUUCAAGCAGAUGACACUAGUCAAAGAUGUGAAUUUGGAAGAAUGGACUAAAAACAGUUUCGAGAUUGAAAGGGACAUCGAUUUCCAUAAAGGUUUUUGCGAAGAGAUGGACAGUGGAUUGUUGAAUACAUAUACCGUGUUUCGAGAUCGAGAUUAUGAUCAGGAAGUGGUUCAGCAAGAAGAUUCAGCAUUUGAUCGAUUUGCACAUGUAUUUGAAGAAUUUGUUGAUCCAACACCUGUAUGUAAUCAAUUCAACCUAUUUGCUAAUUCUCAAUCAUGGAAACAUAGAUACUCUGCAUUGGUUCUUUUACCGAAAUUUUAUAGAUACCUCGAAAUUUCUCAAUAUCAACUUUUAUUUAUUUUAAAGUUGAUAUUAAAAUUAGCUGAUGAUAAAGAUAUGAGAGUUAGAUGUGCAUCACUCUAUUGUUUAACUAAAAUGUAUUCUAGAGAAUUUAAAGAAGUAAUGGUUGAAUCACGCCAAGAAAUAUUUCAAGUGAUUGGAAAAUCAAUUUGUGAUAAUCACAAUUAUUUUGAAACUAUUAUACCAAUUCUAUUUGCAUUGUUGGAAAAACAUCAUGCAACAAAUAAAUCAAGAUUAUUAUGUUGUCGGGCAGUAAAGACAUUUGCAAUGUGUAGUUUGGUCGUGGACAAGCAAACAUUUUCAAGAUACCUGUUCCAAUUUAUGAUGUUUAUCAAAAAGAAUCAAUGGUCAACCGAUUGGAUCGUCGAUGUUUUAAGAGCAUCGAGUUAUUUUAUUGAAGCGAUUGGCAAGUCAUUUUCGGUGUAUUUACCAAUGAUUGUCAAGAUGAUUGCCAAUAUAUUACAAGAGACAUCUUCAGAAACACAUCUAACUGAUCAAAUUCGCUUAUCAUUUCGGUUGACACUAAAGAGUUUGGACAAAAUAUUGAAAUGGAAUGAUGAAUCAGUUUAUCAACCUUUGGCACCAUUUGUUCAGAAAUUGAUAGCUCCAUUGUUAAUCAUGGCGAAAAGUACAGACAACAACGAUAACAGAAAAUAUAGUAUUGAUUAUUUACCUUUAUUGUUGAUGCUGUACAAGAUUCAAUAUGGCCCAAGUAGUGACAAGACAAAGGAGAUGUUUUCCAAGUUACUCAAUUUAUCACUCUCUUCUUGUCCAAUCCACUUCCCUCCUAGAAUUAAUUUAUUGGGAAAUUAUAUCAAUAUGGGAGCCAAAGUGAUUAAAGUAAUCGGAAAUGAUACAAUGACAUUGGAUCAAAUACAUUCAACCUUGGACACUUUAAAUGUAAUUGAACGCAAACUUUCAGAUAUUUUUAUACAAGCCCAAGGCAACCAAUUUAUCUUUCAAGAUUCAACACCAGAGGAGUUUCAAAGGUCAAACACCAGAGGGAUAUGUUCCAUUUAUUAUAUGAUAGGCCGUGUGAUGAAAUAUAAUGGAGCCAUCACUACACCACUCAUCACCUUUGACCAAUUGGGCAGGGCUUGCAAAAUAUUGGAUGAUAAACAAGUGCACUAUGAGGAUACUCUAUUUUAUUACAAAGUUUCUAAAUGUGUGACCAUAGAUUUUAAUAUAAAAGCGCGUGCCUCAAUUGCACUUGGAUUGGCAGCACAACUUGGCAAGGAUAGGUUCUCACCAUGGGCAAUCGAUGCAGUACUGGCUCUCAACACUUUAGCCUCUGAACCACAUUCGGAAUAUCUCCACAAACAGUUUGCAACAAAACAUGCAAUCACUAGACAAGUCAAAUAUGUAAAUUGUAUCUGUAUGAUGGAGCAACCAGACGAGAAAUUUAUAGAGAUUGUAGUCAAUCUCGCUAAAGAACAAGAAAAUAAUAGCUAUGUGAUGAAAAGAGUAGAUAACAACAACAAUAGCAAAUAUAAAUCAGCUUCAAAACAACAAUUCAUAGAGCAUACUAUAUCUAAACCAGAUAAAGUAGUUUCAUGGUUACUCUAUUUAAUGGUAAAGGGUACUUUUACAACUAUUAAAGAGAAAUCAGUACAGUUACUUGAUAGAUUAUUAGUUAAAAAAGGAAAAGAGUUUAUUGAAUCAUUAUCUGCAUCAAUAUUGGAAGCAGUCAAAGUAGAAACAAUAGAGUUGCUCAGUUCAACUCUUACAGAUAGUUUUAGGCAACAUUUAUUUAGUAUCAUUGAAUCAUUUGCAAAUUAUUUAAUACCAAGAGGUGGUUGGAAUGAUUUGGAACCAAAAUUAGAGAAAAUUGUAGAUGGAGAAGAUCAUCAAGAGAAUGCACAAGAAGAUGAGGAAAUUAUACAAGAAGAAGAAGAAGUGUCACCAUUAAAAUUGAAUGCAAAAGGAUUACUAGUAGUUUUGUUAAAGCGUCGAAUACUCGCACAAAUGGAUGGUGAUGUUACUCGCAGCGAAUUCCUUUACAUUUCACGUCACCUUGACAAUAAUAUCUUUACUAGUCCAAAAUGGAUGUGUACAAUCGGUUUACAGAUCGUUGAUACGUUGGUCGACGUGUUGAAUAGAAAUCGUGAAAGGGGAUCCCUUUUAACAACAGACAAAACAAACACUAGAAACAAUAUGUUUAGGUAUUUGUUGAUUAUGGCCGAGUCGGUGAAUGAUGAAGGGUUUACUUCCACUCAUCUUGAAAGUAUAGCCAUUCAUUUGUACGAGUGGUUGUCAGAGGUAAAGGAAAUGCCAAUGGAAGAGUGGACAAGUAACGGUUCAAAAAGUGGCAGCAAGCUAUUCAACUUGAAUUAUUUUACUGAUAAACAAUCAGCGCUCGAUGAUUAUGAUGAUAUUGUUCCAGAGUACAACAACACUGACGAUAAAAAAUACACCCAAGAAGAUCAACUGGAAGAAGCAGUGAAAACAUUUGAUCAAUUGGCGUAUCUUAUUGGAUAUCCUCUCAAAGCACCGAUUUUUAAUCAUUUCAACCUAUUUUUAAAAUCACAACAAUGGAACCAACAAUAUGCAGCAUUGAUGAGUUUAUCUAGAUUUUGUGAUUCUUAUAUUAUGAAACAAUUUCCAUCUAUUUUAGAGUCAAUAUCAAACUGUCUUGAAGAUGAAAAUAUUAGAAUGAGAUGGGCAUCACUCUAUUGUUUAAUUACAUUAAACAUUCAAGAUGAAUUUCAAGAAAAGAUGUUAAAGUCUCGCAACCAGCUAUUUCAAGUCAUCGCCAAAUCAAUUCGUGAUCCAAAUGAACGAGUUCAGAGUAUCUGUUGUAUAUUAAUUCAAUCAUUAAUGACAUCUUUGAAAAAGAAUAUGAUUGUUGAUAAUGUUUUAGAUGGAUUAUGUAAUUCAUUUGAAAUACUCCUUCAAUCUCCAACAUUAUUUCUUGCAGAGAAUGUAUUAAUUCCAUUAAUGUCUGUUAUAGAUACUGUUAAAGAUAGAUUUAGACCUUAUUAUCCAAGAUUUAUAUCAAUUCUAUUUAAAUUAUUGGAGAAGCAUCAUACAACAAUAGAGUCUCGAGUAUUAUGUAGUCGUGUAAUCAAGACACUUGCAUUAUGUGGAAAAGUGGUAGACAAGAAGAUGACAUUUACAAGAGAUUUAAACAAGUUUAUGGUGUUUUUCAAAAAGAAUACAUGGUCGGUUGAUUUGGUGGUCGAUGUAUUUAGAACAUCUGGUGAUUUUAUUGAGGUGAUUGGCAAAUCAUUUUCAAUUUAUUUACCAAUGAUCAUUAGGAUGAUUAUCAACCUACUAGAGACAACACCAUUUACCAAUCAACUUCGGGUACCUGAAGAGGAAAUGUCUGCAACUGACGUAAAGAGAGUAUUAUCAGCACUCAAAGGUUUGAAUAGGAUUGUCGAGGUAUCAUAUAAUGGUGCAACGGUUAAUAACCCUUUGAUUCCAUACGCUUAUCAAUUGGUCCGACCGUUGUGUAAAUUGGCAAUGGUCAGAGACAACACUGAUAUUGACACUUGUAUUCAAAGGUAUUCUCUUACCAAUUUACCCAUCUGCGUGAAACUUGCCUAUCUUCAUUUGGGUGAUCGAAACGACAAGAAACUAGAGAUGUUUGGCAUGGUAAUCAAUUCGGUCGUCUUUCCAAGUACUCUCCCAUCCAACACCAGCGUUGAAGUGUUGCAGAGUCGUAUCGACAUGGCACAAGAACUCAUAGAUGAGAUGGGAGGCGGAGCAAUGACAUUGGAUCAUGCAAAGACAGUCAUGGAUUUAUUUUACAAGGUCGACAAAAAACUAGAAGUAUUGGCAGAUCACACCAGAAAUGGAAACCUAGAUGUUGUUGGAGACAUAAAUCCUUUCUUUAUGCUUGACAAAUUAGCCGCAGUAGAGUCGAGAAUCUAUGAGAUGGUUGGUGUUUUGAUCAAACACAAUAGUGAUAUUGUAGCACCCCUCAUUACAUCUGACCUCUUGGACAAGGCUUGUGACAAGUUACGAAUGGUCCCUGUUAAAGAGGAUGACGACGAUGACUACGAUGACAAUGAUGGCAAUGAAAGCAAUGAUAUAUUUAUCAUCAAGAAAGGUAUACUAGAAUUCAUGGCACAGUACUGUGAAUUUGGUGGUGAAUCAGCCAUUAAAUCUUUUCUACAGAUCAUUCCACCUAUUAUCGAGUGUUUGGAAAAACCUUGUAAUAAGAAGGGUGUGCAAAAAAAGGCUUCAGUUGCACUUGGAGUUGCAGCACAAUUUGGAAAGGAUAGGUUCUCACCAUGGGUCAUGCAGGUGUUACAUGCCUUCAACGAAUUGGUCUCUGCGCCAAUAUACUGUGCUGAGUCUACAAGUGCCAAACAUUCUGCUAUCUCUAGUAUCGGUAAAAUCAUCAGAUAUGUUCCACAAAUAGCCAGUCACGCUAGUAUCAUCAUUCCAAAAUGGUUGGAACUUCUGCCCUCGCAAACAUCAUCGAUGGACAUUAACAUUAUCGCUGAUAAUCUUUGUGCCAUUAUCCGUCUCUACACCAAAGAUUGUUUUGGUCAACAACACCAACAUGUUAAUCGACUUUUUAAAAUCGUCAGAUACUACGAGAAUUUUAAAGAAAAUGAAGAUCAUCAAUUUUAUGAAAGUGAUGAUGAAGAUAGUUCCCAAGAAGAAGAUCAAGAUGAAGAUAUUGUUCAUGACAAAGAUAGUAGUCAAGACUUAGAUGAAGACAUUGGUGAAGACAAAGACAGUGAUCAAGAUGAAGAUAGUGACCAAGACAAUGAUAGUGACAAAGACAAAGAUAGCGAUCAAGACAUAGAUAGUGAUGAAGAUGAUGAUUCAGAUGAAUUUGACUCUAUACAACCAAAAGUGAAACAAUCACUCUUUGAAACCAUACAAUUUAUGAGAGAUUCAUUAAAAUCAAGAUAA